AUGUCUGCCGAUUGGGAGACUCUUUCUUUGUCCCAGUUGUACCAAGAUUACACUCAGAAUCUUGUCUGGAGUCUCUUCCUAACCUCCACAGCUCUUCAUGCUAUUGUUCUAAUUGCCAGUCCAGUGUAAUAAAUUUGACUUUUCACUUCUAAAGUUCUGUUGUUAAUGAGAACUGUUCCUAUUUUAGACAAGCAGUCCAUAAAUGGUAUCGUCGGAAAAGCAGUGAUGGAGACACUGCACUACCGUAUAUCUGUGCGGUCGUUGGGUAUGAAUUGCAUCUCAACGAUCGUGAAAUUUAUAUUUAUUUCUUAAGGUCGACCUUGUGGUUACGGUACUCUGUUUUCAUUGGAGAUCUGAAGCUGAUUCUCCUUCAAACAUACGCUGUUCUUAUGCAGAUUGCAUUCGUUGGGCUUCUAAUACAUUAUCGAACCAAGAAGGUACAAAUUAUAAGUUUUAAUGACAUCAUGCUGUAUACAACAGAAUACAAUUUUAGAUGCGGUUAACUCGAGGUAUUCUGGUGAUUUCCCUGGUUAUGAUGCUCUUGUUCAUGUAUGCGUCCUCAAUUACACACGAAGAAGGGAAACAAUUAAUAGGGAUAUGUGCCUCAGGCGCUCAAAUCGCUGGUUCUUUUGUUUGCCCUUAUUUGGUGGUACGUAUUUUUUAUCGAGACUUUAUUUAUCUAGUAUCGUGCUGUCAAGACCAAAGUAAUAGACUUCGUUCCACUGGCCCCAGUUGCCUUUACCUGGAUCAUGGAGCUGCAUGCGAUCGUUUAUUCCAUCGGGAUCAAUGAUUUCUAUCUGUUGGUAAGACUUGCAAUUGCAUUUUCGAGGUUACUGUAACAACUAAUUCCUUUAGCUAGCCAAUGGAGUUUUCUGCUGCAUGGACGGAUCCCUUCUGGCAAUGUUCUUCAUCUACCCCACUGAACGAAAAGAAUCCAAAAAGAAUUCCAAAUUAAUGGAUUUAUAA